AUGCCAAUAUCCAUGUCGAUGAUCAGCUCCAACGUUGGCGGAUUCACAAAGCGCGCUACAGUCAGUGCUAUCUACUUCAUCAUGUACUGUGCAGGCAAUAUUAUUGGACCGCAGCUAUUUUUCUCGUGGCAAGCGCCCAAAUACCAGAACCGAAGGCGGGAUCGCAUGGAAAUCGAGACCGAAUCACCUGGCGAGAAACACGCCGACAUUGAGCCCAACAGCGGCCUGGCGGACAUCACUGAUUUUGAGAACCUGCGAUUCCGGUACGUUUAUUAG